UUAGCCAGAAUAAAAUAAGACAAAAGGUGGGCUUUGUUAUCCUCUCACACCUGACAUCAAGCCGAUCAAACACUGCUUUAAACACUCGUAUCUUCUCUAGUCUCUGAUCAUGUUCUGAUUCAGUUUAUUUCUGUGUAAACUAACACCAUUGACCAACAGGAAGUUGUGGGAGACUAGAGCUAAACGCGACAAAGAUAGUGUGACUAAAUAAGCAAGAAAAGAGGUGGAUGUUCACACGGUUUAACACUUCCAGCCGACAGUAGAGUUUCUCGUGACUUUAUUACAGAUCAGUCUCUCAUCAGCUCAUCUGUCAUUUUAUUACUGAACCAGUUCGGAAGAGUUUGUCUUCAUAUUUGUGAACUGAAAUCAAUGAAGAUGUUUCACAGAUUCUGGUUCUGUUUGUGUUUCUGGCGUCUGGUUGGUGUGUUUGGUGAAACGUUCGUGAAAGUUGGACAUUCAGUCACUCUAAACUCUGGUCUUUCUGAAACGAUGGAUAAUGAUCUGAUUCGGUGGAGGUUUGAAAACAGAUUAAUAGCUGAAAUCAAUGUGACGGCCGACAGAUUCUCUGUAUAUGAUGAUGUUCCUGACGGGAGAUUCAGAGACAGACUGAAGCUGGACAAACAAACUGGAUCUCUGACCAUCACAAACUUCACAUUUGAACAUGCUGGAGAUUAUUCAGUAUAUAACAACACUGUGAGCAAGAGAUUCUGGCUCAGUGUCUAUGAUGAAAUAUCAGUGAAGGAGGGAGAUUCAGUCACUCUGAACUCUGAUCUUACUGAAAUAGAUUAUGAUCGGAUUUGGUGGAGGUUUGAAGACAGUUCAAUAGCUAAAAUCUAUAAAUGGGAAAACAGAUUCUCUGUAUAUGAGGAUGUUCCUGACGGGAGAUUCAGAGACAGACUGAAGCUGGACAAUCAAACUGGAUCUCUGACCAUCACAAACAUCACAACUGAACAUGCUGGACGUUAUGAACUCAUGAUCAACAGUAUGAGCAGAAUGAGGAAAACGUUCUUUCUCAAUGCUGUCAAUGAAGAAAUAUCAGUGAAGAAGGGAGAUUCAGUCACUCUGAACUCUGAUCUUAUUGAAAUAAUGAAUGGUGUUAAGAUAAAGUGGAGGUUUGGAGCUGAAAUCACUUUAUUAGCUGAGAUCAGUAGAAGGGAUGAUGGAGUCUCUGUAUAUGAGAAUGUUCUUGAUGAGAGAUUCAGAGACAGACUGAAGCUGGACAAUCAAACUGGAUCUCUGACCAUCACAGACAUCAGAACUGAACAUGCUGGACGUUAUUUACUACAUUUAGGACCAAAACAUUUGAAUCUAAACCAGUCAUUAAAAGCUUUCAGUGUUUCUGUCUCUGACUCUGUCCACUAUGCAGUUUAA